CAAAAUAUAUUUUUUGUUUAUGUUUUGAUAUCAUAAUAUCCGUAAAUUCUCUCAUGCUUAUUUUAUACAUUGAUUAAGUUGCCAAAAGUAUGCAAAUACAAUUUUUAAGCACGAAAUCGACAAUGGCAAUGGCGACAAACGAAAGUGCAAAGCCAAGCCAGUGCUGCCACACCUAGCUCGAACGCAAAAUGCCAGUUAAGAGCUACUUGCGCCUGCAUCGCUUGUGACGUCACAAUGCGCUGUUAAACAUGAAAGCUAGUUCGAAGCCUUGGCCUCGUUUUGUUAUCGAAAUGUAAGCGAAAUGUUAUCGGAAUGCCAACUUUAAGGGGUUCACUAUGGAUCGCUGAUAUCCAUUUCGUCGUAAUCUCGCAACCUGCGUGCAGUCAACGCACUUUACCUAUUGCGCCAAGACGACAAUUGGCUGUACAAGCAAAAUGUGAAGUUGGCCAAAAUGCAAAUAUGUAGCUGUACACAUAACACCAUAACCAUUUGGCCACUGUGAGGCAAAUCUUUAUGUUGUCAACUGGUGAGUCUGGAAAAUUUGCAUGUGCCUUUUCGCGAAGCGAAAAGAAAGCAAUUUGUGCAACGCUUUGGACAGCGCCCUCAAUGUUGGCCAAGAUAACCAGAUGGGAAACUUGAGAUUAGACCUGAUUUGCCCACGUCUCGGCACACACACAACAGCGAGCAUUUUGCAUAGCGUGUGUUUACAACUUUACGAGCUGGCCCAUUGUUUUUCGUUUUCUUUAACAUUUAGCAUUUGGGUAUUUAUUAAACGGUUCGGUUCAAAGCUACAUACAGCAAAAUUGCACGCUUUUGCUGUGAACAUACUUUGCAUUCAAAUAUUCACACAUAGAUGGCGCAGCUGACGCUGAACCAAUUAUGGGCAGACAGAAGCAGAGUUUGACAAUGAUGCCAGUGCCAAGUGCCAAGUGCCAAAAGCCAAGUGCCCUGUCCAUCGUCCGCGAUGGCUCUUUAACUAUAAAUGCCCAUCAGACCUGUGGGACAGGCAUCAGUUUUACGGUUUCGUUCGUUUGGUGUAGCACGCGCAGCUGUAACUCCACUCAACAUGAAACCAGUUGCGUUUCUCGCUGUUGCCGUUGCCAUUGUGGGCCUAGCUGUGGCCCGUGCCCAGUCCAAUAGCUACCUGCCACCGGCACCUGUUAAGGAUCUGUUUAGCCAGAGGUUACCCGUACAGCAGAGCUAUCAGAGCUUCCAGCAGCCGCAGCAGCCCAUCGCACAGAUUGAGUCCAUCAGGCCAUCCGUAUCGCUGGGCAGCUUUACCAUCCAGAAUGGUGGCCAGUUAGGCUCCAUCAGUCAGCAAUAUCGGGCGCCAGCUGCUGCCAUCAGCUAUGAGGCACCCCAAACAAUUGUGGCCACAGAGACGCCCCCGAGGAACACCUAUUCGGUGUCAGCAAUUCCCACGCAGCUCUUGAUGCCAUCCGCGUCGCCUGCUGUUCAGGAGCCCGCGCCAGCUGUUCAGCAAUCAGUGACCGCCCCAGUUGCUGCUCCAGUAGCUCAGCAAACGUACUCCGCCCCAGCUCCAGCAGCUCAGCGAACCUACUCUGCUCCAGCUGCAGUGGCUCCACUGGUUCAGCAAACGUACUCCACCCCAACUCCAGUAGCUCAGCACACCUACUCCGCUCCAGCUCCAGUGGUUCAACAAAUAUACUCCGCUCCAGCUCCAGUGGCUCAAGAGCAGUACUCUGCAGCAGCAACCGCUCCCGUUUUGUCACAAACUUACUCCGCUCCGAGUGCAAUCGUCCAGGAGAGCCAUUCGGUGCAAUCUUCUGCACAAGUUGUUCAGCAAACAUAUGCCGCACCAGCUCUAGUGAUUCAACAGAGUCAGGCGAUUGCAGCGCCCGCUCCUGUUGUCCAGGAUGCCUACUCCGCUCCAGCUAGCGCAUCAGCUGCUCAGCAAACUGUGUUAACGGCAUCCGCUCCUGUCGUGCAGCAAACAUACGCUGCACCAGCUUCGGCUCUCGCUCCGGCUCCGGCUCCGACUCGAGUGGUUCAACAAGUACAAGAGACAUCCUUUCUAGCUGCACCCGUUCAACAGAGCCAAUACACUGGCUACAGCUAUCAGGCACCAGCAGCUCCGGUUGCCGCUCCAGUUGCUGAACAGUCCACUGCCAGCUACAGUGCACCCGAGCUUAUCCAGGCACUGCAGCAGCAACAGCAGGUCUACACCACAACGGCGCAGGCUCAAGUUGACGCUCCGCUGCCAUUGCAGCAAUCGUUCGUGCCAGCCCCACCCACUCCUGUCCAGUCCGUCGAGCACUUUACACCUACUUACAGCUACGCACCCGCCGUUGCCCAGCAGCAGCCUGUGCCCACAACCGGUCUGCAGGCGGCUCCAGCUCCAGCUCUGGUUACGGCUCCAGCGACCAGCUCACUGACCAGCAGCACGGCUAGCGAAACAGCCAAUGUCUCGGAGACCAACACCAAAUAUGCCAGCAACGGCGGCUACGUUUACGAGCGGACAAAGCAAUUCCUCGCCAUCGUCUCGUUCGCCCUGGUGGCACUCGCCGCCGCUGAUGUUAGCCACUUGAGCAACACCUAUCUGCCGCCCCAGCAGGUUGCCGCCGCCAGUACCUACACGGCGCCAGUGUUCAGCGCCGCCAAGACGUACGCCGCCCCGGCAGCCACCUAUGCCAGCCAGUCGUAUGUUGCACCCGCUGCCUCGUCGCAGAGCGCUUCCUAUGCUGCACCGGCUGCUAGUUUUGCCGCCGAGACUGUUGCUGCUCCAGUUGCUGCCUACACCAGCGACUCCUCGUAUGUGGAGCCCGCUGCCACUUACCAGAGCGCUUCCUUUGCCGCACCAGCCACGUCUUUUGCCAGCAAGUCCUACAGCGCUCCUGCUCCUGCCAGCUUCACCGAUGGUGAAUCGUAUGCUGCUCCUGCUGCCACCUUCGAGAGCGCUUCCUAUGCUGCUCCAGCUACCGCUUUCGCCAGCAAGUCGUAUGCCGCUCCUGCCGCCAGCUUUGCCAGCGAAUCGUCGUAUGUUGCUCCUGCUGCCACCUUCGAGAGUGCCUCCUAUGCCGCUCCAGCCACCGCCAGCUUUGCCAGCGAGUCGUCGUAUGUCGCCCCAGCUGCUACCUACCAGAGCGCCUCGUAUGCUGCUCCCGCACCCGUCGCUGCCGCCAGCUAUAGCGCACCGGUGGUGAGCUACUCCGGAGCCAGCUCCUCCGGCAUUGACACCGUCUACGGCUCCAACGGAGGCUAUGUCUACAAGCGCAAUUAA